UUUGCUGAUGCUAGGAUUACUCUCAUUCAUCACAGUACCCAGUUGUCUUACAGACAUGUGUGUGGAAGACCCACCAAAGGUUGCGCAUGCCACAUUCAAAGCACUCGCCUACAAGAGUGGCACCAUCCUUAACUGUGACUGCAAGAGGGGUUUCCGAAGAAUAAAGAAGUCGGUCUAUAUGGUUUGUUUAGAGAACUCCUGGAGCAACAACUGCCAGUGCACAAGAAACUCCAAUGACAACAGAAGAAAGCAAGUUACACCUAAACCUGAAGACCAGAAAGAGCAACAAAUCACAGAAAUGCAGAAAUCAACACAGUCUGUGCAUCAAGAGAAACUUCCAGGUCACUGCGGGGAGCCCCCUCCAUGGGAACACGAAGAUACCAAGAGAAUCUAUCAUUUCGUGGUAGGACAGAGAGUUCACUAUGAGUGCAUUCAAGGAUACAAGGCCCUACAGAGAGGUCCUGCUGUGAGCAUCUGCAAAAUGACCUGUGGAAAGACGGAAUGGACGCAGCCCCGGCUCACAUGUGUAGAUGAAGGAGAGCACCAUCAGUUUCCAGCCAGCGAAGACUCUCAAGGAAGCAGAGAUCCUUUUCCCGAAAGUGAGACUCCCUGUCCCAUCAUCACUACAGACUUGCAGCCACUCACAGACGCAGCAACAACUAUGGAGACCUUCAUCCUGACAAUGGAGUAUCAGCUGGCAGUGGCCGGCUGCAUCUUCCUGGUCAUCAGUAUCCUUCUUCUGAGCGGGCUCACCUGGCGGCGUAGAUGGAAGAAGAGUAGAAGAACCAUCUAA